UUUGCACAUCCUCUCACUCGCACCAGCCGCUGCUGCAGCUCACUCGCUCGCACACUCCUGCAGGAUGCUGCUGGUGCUGCUGCUCGUUUGGAGCAAUUUGCUGGUUGAUGUGCGGUGAUUGCCGCAAACUCAACGCGACCGUCAACGAGCAAACAACAUAAGCGCGCAGCCCAAGGACAUAGGACAUAUACGAUAUACGAUAUACUCGGUGCACGGCUGACGGGACACCACACCCUACCACUCCGACUUCCACCCACUUUCACUUCCACCUCCAGUUCCAGUUCCAGUUCCACUCCCAGUCGAUAGCGAUGCUUAAUGAGGCCAGCUUGAGUCCCGUGGAUGCACACGGACCCACUGCAGCCGCACCCACGCACAGCAAGGCGGCGGGCGUCAGUGUCACCACAAUGCUGGCAACAAAAACCCCAUUCUCCAUCGAGCACAUACUGUUUCCCAACUUAAAUAGUGCCAAUAGUAACAGUAGCAAUAACGCGUUAACCAACAACAGUGGCAAUACCAAUAAUUAUGUUUCCGGUCAGAAAAACAUAAAGAAUGCAGUGAAAAGUGCCAGUGCCAGUGCCAUAGCCAGGAGCAGCUUCAUCCACGACAAUAAUUUACAGAAGCAUUCCUCGCAUUUCAUGCCAUCUCAUCCGGCCGUCGCUGCUGCGACAUCCCCAUCGGCAUCCGCCAUAGCGGCGGCGACGGCAACUGCCCGCGGAGGCCAAGGAGCGGCGGGAUACGGCAGCGAGGAUUACUCCAAGUCCUUGCACACCCCACAACGUGGAAGUCAUCAUCCACGUUCGGGAUCCUCUGCAUACUCCUCUGACCCAUCGGCUCAGCAAGGAUCUGCGUCUGGGCAGCAUCCGCCACCACCACCAGUGCCCGUAGUUCCGCCACCUCCUCCGCCGCCAAAUGGAGGAGCGGGAGGCCCCAAUGGGGUCCUGUACCCGAAUGCGCCCUACACCGAUCAUGGCUUUCUGCAGAUGACCCUCGGCUAUCUGUCACCAUCCUCGGGGACUUACAAGUCGGUGGAUCCCUAUUUUCUUUCCCAAGCCAGCCUGUUCGGAGGAGCGCCCUUCUUUGGGGCGCCCGGGUGCGUGCCGGAGUUGGCUCUCGGCCUGGGGAUGGGGGUGAAUGCGUUGCGUCACUGCCGUCGAAGGAAGGCCCGCACAGUGUUCAGUGACCCGCAGCUAUCCGGCCUGGAGAAACGGUUCGAGGCGCAGCGGUAUCUAUCAACGCCGGAGCGUGUGGAGCUGGCCACGGCGCUGGGACUGAGCGAGACGCAAGUGAAGACCUGGUUCCAGAACAGGCGGAUGAAGCACAAAAAGCAGCUACGGCGACGGGAUAAUGCCAAUGAGCCCGUUGACUUCUCACGCACCGAACUGGGAAAGCAUCCGUCCGAAGCCGCCUCCUCGGACGCCAAGCACGCCAAACUGAGCUCCGGAUCGGGGGCCGCAUCCGCCCAGCCCACGAGCGAACAGCAGCAGCUACAGAUGUGCCUGAUGCAGCAGGGUUACUCCACGGACGACUACUCCGACUUGGAGGCGGACAGCGAGGACGAAGACAACUCCAGUGACGUGGAUAUUGUCGGCGACUCCAAGCUCUACCAGUUGACAUAGAGUUCAGAAACGGAAGUGGAUCAAUCUUAUUUAUAAAUUUGUGUUUUAUUUAGAAGAAAUACGAGAAACUGUUAUCUAUUUAUUUUAAUACUAUUAACUUGAAAGAAGCACCAAAGAUUUUAUUACACAACUUAACCAUAAAUUGUACUUUUAAUUUAAUUUAUUUUAUGAAUUUAAUUUUAAGUUUUAUAGAGAUUCGUUGUAGGCCACCAACUUGUAAAUAUUCAUACCUUGAAUGAGCAACAUUCUAGUCAGAGUUACGACUAAGCAAGUAAUAACCUUAAAUCUAAUCCAUUUUAGUGAUUAUAUUCGAGUACUUCCAUUUUAAGAUCAUCCAGUUCCCUAGCCCUUGACGUGUUACCCAUAGCUUAGUGCUUACAAUAAAUGGACAAAAAUGAA